CCCACAUGCCAGUUGACUUCUGUGACACCAACCUUUUGAAAUUGCAGGUUUGAACAGUGUAUCAAAUCUCUCAGCCCACUUCACUUCAGCCAGAGAAAAGUUUGUAAAAGCAUCUGGAAAUCAUUAGAGAGGUGCUUGUUUACAGUAACCUGAAUUUCUGAAACCAUUUCUGGGAAGAAUUAUAAAAAGAAGCGAACCUUUUUUGCAAAACGGACAAAAGUCUUUAAACAAGAAAUGAACUUUCCAAUUCUGUUAAUUUUUUUCUCUUGCUCGACUGUCAUUUCCAGAACGGCCAUGGUUCCUCCAGGCCACAAAGUCACAAGUUUGCAUGGUAAUCAUCAAAAACAUCACACAGUGCUGACAGAAGAUGGGAAAGAAUGCAAGUUCCCGUUCCGAUAUGGUGGGAGUGUUCAUCACAGCUGCAUUUCAAAUGUCCUCUCUGAGAAACUAUGGUGUGCUACUACACAUAACUUUGACAGAGAUCGCCAGUGGGGUUAUUGUGGCUCUAUAGCUGAAAACACACAUGAUUUCUGUGAGGAGAACCCAUGUCAAAAUGGUGGCUUCUGUACCAACAUCCCACAUUUACAUGCCUUCAAAUGCAUCUGCAAAGAAGAAUUUACUGGAAAGACCUGUAACCAGGUGAAGUGCUAUGACCAGACACACCUCAAGUACUACAACAUUGGAGAAACGUGGGGGAGAAUACACACCGGCAAAGUGGAGCAGUGCACCUGCACCGACAGCCUGAUCGUGUGCCAGCCUGUACGAUAUACAGAAUGUACCACCAACCCUUGCCAAAAUGAAGGAACAUGCAGAUUGAUUUCCACUGGCGAGUUGGUCUGUUUCUGCAGACCAGGGUUCACUGGGCAACACUGCAACCUUACCCCAGAGGCAGACUGCUAUCAGAACAGUGGCACAGAUUAUAGAGGCAUUGCCGGGACCACUAUCUCGGGCAGUACCUGCUUACCCUGGAACUCAGACAUCCUGGGUGAAGAGCUUCAUGUGGAGAGUGUGGGACAAGCCCAUGCGCUGGGUUUGGGAGGACAUGCAUUCUGCAGGAACCCAGAUGAAGAUGAGAUGCCCUGGUGUUACGUACUGAAGGAAACAGAGAUUUCCUGGGAGUACUGCGACAUUCUACCGUGUGUGAAAAGUGGUGAACGUUUUGCUGCUCCAGCUGUGGAAAGUGAUCCAAUCGUAUUUACUGUCCUAAAGCCUACACCUGCCCUAGUCUGUGGAAAGAGACACAAGAAGAGAAUUCAGAGGGGAAGGAUCAUUGGAGGGAGUUCGGCCUUGCCUGGCUUUCACCCCUGGCUGGCAGGCAUAUACAUUGGCACCACCUUCUGUUCAGGGACCCUGAUCAGGCCUUGUUGGGUGGUCUCUGCAGCCCACUGCUUUGCCAGCAACCCCCUGAAAUCGAGUGUUCAAAUUGUUUUGGGUCAGCAUUACUUCAACGACACAGGCCGAAAUGCUGUGUCAUUUCAAAUAGAAAAAUAUGUCUUUUAUGACCAAUAUUCAGUUUUUAAUCCUACUCAACAUGACAUUGUUCUGAUUAAGCUGAAGAAGAACAAUAUGCAUUGUGCUAGACGCUCCCAAUUUGUACAGCCUUUGUGCUUGCCAGAAAAUGACCUUACCUUUCCAGACCAUCACUGCUGUCACAUUGCUGGCUGGGGACACAUGGAUGAGCAGAAGCCUAAUGAAGAGAUCAAAUAUGCACAUCAUUUACAAGAAACAGUAGUUCCCCUUGUGCCUUUUGAACGGUGCAGUAGCCCAGAAGUAUAUGGCAUUGAACUCACUUCAAAUAUGUUGUGUGCGGGAUACCUUUCAGACUGUAGGAGAGACGCUUGCCAGGGAGACUCCGGAGGUCCGCUGGCCUGUGAACGGGAUGGCAUCUCUUACCUGUAUGGCAUCAUCAGCUGGGGAGAUGGCUGUGGCAGAACAAACAAGCCUGGAGUCUACACAAAGGUUUCCAGAUACGUGGAUUGGAUCAACAGCAUCAUAAAACCAAAAGCACAGUCCUAAUUCACCUUGGCCAGGUUUUGUUAUUAACCAGUAAACGGAAUGUAAUCACAGUGAGUUCCUAUACAGAACAUUGUGGUGGUCAUUACGCAAGGGCUAAGUGGUAACAUUUUAAAAAGUUAAUAUUUCAUACGAUGAAGUAUUGUAUGUUCAACUCUCAGUUGUUUUUCAGUCAUUUUGUUAUAGAUAAAUAAAUUCAGAAAACCCCUGACCAGAA